AUGCACCGCGUCCUGCUUGUCGCCGAGCUCCUCGACAAUAUCUUCGGCAAUCUCAGCGCAGAGUUUGACCGAUUAUUUGGUGGUCCCAAUGACGGGACCUUGCUCGCGCUUGCGACGACAUGUCGGACGUUCAAAGAGCCAGCGCUAAACGCGCUCUGGGAAAACCUUCUUAUGAUUGAUAGCCUCAUCAAAUGUCUGCACAAGGAUGCAUGGGAGCCUUCUGUGGAUCAAGAGACAGGAUGGGCUCGUCCUGCCGGGGCUUUCGUCGUAUGUCUGCACUCGUCUGGGUGCCAAAGCUUGGCCUUCAUGCUCAUAGCAUAUAUAUGGCAGGAGAUCAAACGACCUCUGACGCCCUCGGAUUGGCUUAUCAUCCGAAAAUACGCUCCCCGCGUGCGGCACCUCUAUCAGGUGUCUCUGGGCGCCUACAGGUCCGCGCCUACCAAACUUUGGGUUCUAAGCUUAAGUCUUGCCCCUCCCGACGCGGUCCCUCUCCUUCCAAACUUGAAGCUUGUUGAAUGGACAGGGAUGCGACCGGAUACUGCCCCCUACAUGCGGACGUUCCUUACUGCAUCCCUUGAGUCACUUUGCUACGGUGUUGGUAGCACCAUACCGGACAUAUACCUGCUUUCGUCCGUCGGGGCAUUCUGUCCUUCCAUCAAGGAUGCGAGUGUCUACUCGUACAGGAAGAUUGGCGGGGUCGAGGCGUUCUCGUUGUCGGUGUGCCGCUGGAACUACCUCCGGGUGCUGCGGUGUGAGGAGCUGACAGAUGAAGCCCUCGUUCAUAUUGCAGGAUUACCAAACCUCCAAGAGCUUAAUAUUGCGUUAUAUCCGGAGACGCCGUUUCGAGCUAUGCGGGCUCAGCUUCGAGACACUCCGUUUCCGGACUUGACUUCUCUGCACGUCAUCGCAGCAGAUCUAAAUGUCUUUGCAGCUUUUGUCUGCGAGUUUGAAUUGUCACUCGCUAAGGUUACAGUGUUUGUCUCUGAGCGGGCCAGCGCCUGCUCAGAUGGCGUUGCAGGUGCCCUGAAGGCGAUCUCAAAGAGCAAGCGUGCUCUAACGCAUGUGGAGAUUGCCGAAGAGGACGAUAGCAGUAUCCCCAUCCCUGCGAACCACACAUUCCCGCUGCAGAACACUGUUAUCGAUAUGUCUACCCUCCGCCCGCUGCUCGGAUUCAGCAAGCUCCGCGUUUUGGAUUUUGAGACCCGGUGUUCUGUGGUGCUUUCAGAUGCUGAGCUCAUAGACCUGGCGCGUGCGCUGCCGCUUCUUGGGGUACCGUGUCUCAACUCCAUGCAUGGCUGGAACGCGGCACCCCCGGCAGUGACGUUCUACGGUCUCUGCUCGGUUGCGCGCCUUUGUCCAUUUCUUUGCCGUCUGGGUAUCGAAUUCGACGGGAUAUCUACGGAAAAGAUACGUGCUCCUCCGAACUCUGGGGGCGUCUCUGCUGUUGAUGAGGAGGAUGUACUCGAUUAUCACAAUUUCAGCCUCGAGGAGCUGUGGGUCGGGAACUCGCGCGUCGAAGACCCGGAAACUGUGGCUAGGCUUCUUUACGAGGUCAUGCCGGAGCUGACGGGGGUGUUCGGGUGGUGCGAGCCGCCGGGAGUGGGAGACGAUGUGGACGGGGAAUGGCAGAUGCAUGAGGGGGAGUAUAAUCAGAGAUGGAAAGAGGUUGGGGAUAUUAUCGCGAAACUCCGCCUGGAGGACGAUGUGGAUGGCAGCAUGGCAAGUGGGAGUAGGGAGCUGAGCUCAGAUGGUGAGACGGACACAGGCGAAGAAGAGUAGGGGGUUUAUGGGGACGACGGUGGAGUCGUUAAGGAAACUGGGGAUAUGGUAUAUCGCUGUAACUUUGCGUCGGUUUUUCUUUCUACAGUUCAUUGUAUAGAACCUC